GAACAAAGAAUGCUUUAUCUCUCUCCUCCAAGUCAUUUCUCUCUCUAUCUAAAAACAGAUAGAUCUUAUUAGAAGAAGACAAAAUCUUUACCACCAGAUCCUCCUCAUCUAACAGGCUGUCACAUCACUAUAACUCACUGAAACUUUCGGCGACUAAAAAAGGCUUUCCGCAAACAAAACAUCACCUCUCUCCGAAACGCCAUUUUCCCUUUCCCUCCGAUGAGGUGUAAAAGACACACCGUCGAUUUCACCAGCAACCUCGGCGGCGUCUGCGCUUCUUGUCUCCGUGAACGUCUCCUCUCCCUCGCCGCUCACGCCGCCGCCGAAGAUAACAACAGCAAUCGUCAACCGCGGAAAUCUAAUAAACCACCUCCGCUUCUGAUCUUCCCUCGCUCUGUUUCUCCUUACGUAACCGGUAGAAAAUCCGACGCCGGAGGUGGAGAUCGCCGGUUCCUCGCCGCGCCUCAGGUGGAUCUAGGAUUCUCAUGCAAAGACUUCGAAUCGCAUCGAUCGUCUAAAUCUAAAGGAGGUAAAGCUUCGAGAAUCUCUAAUCUAUUCAGAGCAAGAUCUGAAGAUUACGGUUCAGAUCGUAAACCGGUUUCAAUAAAUUACGGUUCCGAUCGUAAACCGGUUUCUAGAUUUUCAUGCGAUGGUUCGGAGUCUUCGUGGUUUUCUUCCUUUCUCUCCACCGUACGUUCCAAGAAGCAACCGACCACCGCGUGCUACGUAGAAGACGCCAUCUCCGGCCAUCGUCGACCACAAAGAGUUUUCUGUCGUGGAAUGUCUCCUGCUAGAGAUGAAAAUGAGCCACCGUCGGAAUCAGUUGAAGAAACGCCGAGAAGAACACCGGCGACGAAAACUCCGGGAAGGACGAAGAUUGUGACGGGAAUGAGGUUCUGCUUGAGUCCUUUGGUGAGAGCCAAGCCUCACUGUCCGUUUAAACGGAAAACCAGAUUUCCAUCGGAGGUUGUUGGAAGUGCCGGCGAGGUAACGGUGUUGGAAAAGCCACAUAUCGCAGAAGCGGCGUCGUUUUGUGCGAAUAGAUCGAAGAAGCUCGUGGAUUUAGGUAGAGUUCAUCACCGCCGUUGAGUUUCUGAUGGGGGAGUCUGGUCAAUGUUUGACUAGCGCUGAGUGUAAUCCUCGUGAUUCCUAAAGAUUCAUGGAUUUUUCCAAAUUCAGCCUUUUUAUUUGGCUUGUGGUUGAAUAAUCAGAAAGAAAAGUGUAGUUAAAAGUACUUUUGGUUUUCUUUUAUUUUGUAAUAUAUUUUCUCUUUCGUGAUUGUAAUUUGUAGAUGGAGCUUGUCCGUAGAAUAUUAGGAGAAGCAAUGUAGUGUCAUUGGUAUUUUUCUUAUAUGAAAAUGCUUUCUUCGGCUUACAAAUUAA